AUGGCAUUGGAUCGAGCUGUUAAAGAUAAAAUUCAUUUCAAACGAGAUCAAGAACAAGAACAUGCAGCACGAGAAUGGAUCGAAGCCGUGACAGGUGAAAGAUUUCCUACUGAUGAUUAUGAAGAAGCUCUUCAUGAUGGAAUUAUUCUAUGCAAAUUAAUGAAUAAACUCAAACCGGGCUCAGUUCCGAAAAUUCAUACUCAAGGUGGUCCAAUCAAACUACGCGAAAAUAUUGGUCUUUUUCAAAAUGCUGCACGUGCAUACGGUGUCGAUUCGAGUGAAGUUUUUCAAGCAGUUGAUUGUUUCGAUAAACAAAACAUUCAACAAGUCACUUUAUGCAUCUUUGCUUUGAAUCGUCUCGCUCAAAAGAAUAAUUUCAAUGGACCAAAAUUGAACUACCAUACCAAAUUACCCGUCUAUGAUUAA